AUGAUUAGUAAAUCCCGCUCAGCUGUUCCAAUUUUAGCGUUUAAACAAAUAUUUCGAUUUAAAUUUAAGCAAAGGGCGGGUGAUAGCAUCUCCUACUGCCCCGAAAUGGACCAUUGCUUCAGCGGCGAAAUUGCGAUACCCGAAAGCCAGGUGAAUUUGGAAGUCUCCCUACUGGGUGGACAAAGUUUUCGCUGGAGGAAAGUAGAACAAUCAACUGCAUCCAAGUUGCCAGAAUUGCAUGGAGUGGCCUACAAUGCAUUUUGGCAGUUGAGCCAAAGUGCUGCCUCUAUUUUAUACAAAGUGUAUCCAGCGCAGGGGAUGUUCAAUAAGAAAUCCUGCAAAAAUGAGUAUUUUAGAGACCUACUGCGUCGCUAUUUGCGCCUGGACUUUGAUUUAAAUAAAAAUUUGGAGAGUUGGCGUGCAGCGCACGAACACUUUGCAACUAUCACGCCGCACAUGAAAGCGGUGCGCGUGCUGGAUCAAGAACCACUCGAGAAUAUAUUGUCGUUUAUUUGCAGUCAAAAUAAUCACAUUAAAAGAAUUUCAACAAUGAUUGACUGGUUUUGCUCCAAAUAUGGCCAGCGCAUCGGACACUUUAACGAACGCGAGGAAUAUACAUUCCCAACUUUAGCAGUUUUGCUGGAGAAUCAAAAAGAGCUGGAACUCAUGCUACGUGAAGCCAAAUUUGGCUAUCGUGCAAAAUUCAUCGCCCAGACUAUUGCGAAAAUUGUCGACUUCGGUGGCGAUGCGUGGUUUGACAAGCUUCGCGCCAUGUCCUAUGCCGAUGCGCGUAACGAAUUGGUGCGCCUGCCUGGUAUUGGUUACAAAGUUGCCGAUUGCAUUUGCCUUAUGUCGCUGGGCCACCUGGAGGCAGUGCCUAUCGACACGCACAUUUAUAAAAUUGCACAAACUGUUUACAUGCGACAACAAUUGGCGAAGGUGAAGACAGUGACGCCGCGCAUUUAUGAAGAGAUCGCAAAUCAUUUGCGCACAGUUUACGGCCCGUAUGCGGGUUGGGCGCAAGCGGUGCUAUUUUGCGCCGAUUUGCAACAAUUUCAGACAACAAAGCAGUCAGUUAAGACUCUCAGUCUCAAGGAGAAAUCGGAGAGUUGUAGCGCAAAGCCGAAAAAGAAACGAAAAUGAAAGGUUGCAUGUGGUACAAGCGUUUUUUUCUUGUUUUUUAACAAAUAUAUUCUAUGUUUAUUAGAUUCCACUGUGUUUCGUAACAGAGUAAAUUUUUUAUUUUCUUCUUUUUUUUAUUUUGUAUAAACUUUUUGUAUAAAUAGUACGCCAUACGCAGUAUGUGUUGUCUCAUUCGUUAUGUCGCCUUGGAAAAAUUGUGAUUCUCAGCAUUUAAUUGCAUGCCAGCCGCAUUGUUUACGCUAAUCUGCAAUUCGGAAUAAAGUAAAUCAUAUUUUAAAAGA